GAACUUGUACUUCCGUACGGCGUUUCUUCUCAUGCACGGGAUAUCUCCAGUAUUUGUGUUGGAGGGAAAGGCACCCGUCCUAAAGCAUAAAACUAUUGCACGAAGGAACGACGUUCGUAACGGAUUUCAGGAGAGAAAGACUGCUAAGAGAGGAGGGAGAACACAGUUUAAUCGAGUUCUAAAUGAGUGUAAGGAACUGUUAAGAUGCAUGGGUGCUGCUUGUGUACAGAGCCAAGGUGAAGCGGAGGCUAUGUGCGCCUAUUUAGAUGAGGACGGACUUGUGGACGGAUGUAUAAGUCAAGACAGCGACUGUUUCCUAUACGGUGCGAAAGUGGUGUACAGAAACUUUUGUAUGAGUACCCAAGGAAAUUGUGGCGCUACAGGUGGCUCUGUGGACAUCUAUAAUAUGGAAAAAAUAGGGAGAACGUUGAAUAUAGGACGAAGUAAAAUGAUAGCGUUAGCUUUGCUGUGUGGCUGCGAUUACGAUGAGGGAGUGAACGGCGUCGGAAAGGAGGCUGCUUUGAAGUUUUUCAAGACUGUGAAGGAGGAAGAGGUCUUACAAAGAAUUCAAGAUUGGAGAACUGACACAAGUUUGAACAGACUUGAAUUUGAGCUGUCAAAUCCAGGUUUAUGUACGUCGUGUGGCCACCCAGGAAGAUUGCAAAAGCACACAAAAUCAGGUUGUACCGAUUGCGGAACUGACAGGAAGUGUAAUGAUGAUUUUAGGGAAAAGAGAGCAUUGAUAUUAAAUGAAAUAUCGUUAAGAAAGAAGGCGCUCCAAGACGAAAAUUUUCCAAAUCAGGAGUUAAUAGAUGAAUUUCUUAUCAGGAAGGAUUCGGUUCCAACUAAAUUAGAUGUAACAUGGAAACAACCUCAAAUCAGUCAAUUUAUUGACUUUAUGCAUAAACACGUAUGCUGGGAACCACAAUAUGCCUUCGAAAAAAUAUUUACAUUGAUCACUAGAUGGCAGCUUACACAUUUAUCAGAUUUUACAUUAGAUGAACGUUUGUCCAUGACAGAUUUAUUUAUUCCUGACAGUAUAAAAAAGAUUCGUAAUAUUAGAUCUGUAGCCAGUUAUGAAAUUAUAUGGAACAAGGAGCAUGCUGUAAUAGAAAUGUUAAAAGAAUAUAAAGAGCAAACAAAUGAGAGUGCUGAUGAUGGUGAUGACGUAGAUGAUAGUUUACUAACAAGUAUCGAGCCACAAGACUUGGUUUUAAAAUGCUAUCCAAAAUUGGUUGAAGUAUAUGAAAAUACUAGAAACGUAAAAACGAAAAAAAGAACAGCGAAUUCUCGAAGAAAACAAGCUACAACGAAUACAGAAGACAAUGCUACUGAAACAAUGGAUACUGUAAAAACAAAGCAAAAGAGAGUAAAAAAGAAAACUGACAAAAAUAAUAGAAAGAUCGAUGAAUUUGUAUCUGCAAAUGUAAUAUCGUUAGAAGACUCUUUUGAGAAAAUGACAGUUACACCAAAAAGAUCAAAACAGAAUAUUUCGAAUAAAGCAAAUGCGUUAAAAAUAAGAGACGUGCUUGAAGAUGUUGCGAUCACGAACGUAAAACGUGGGCCACAAUUUCAAAGAGUUCUGGAAAUAGAGAAGGUAAAUUCAAAGUUGAAUAACACAUUUGACAGAAUGUUCAAUGAACUUUCUCCUGAUGAUUUUAUAAGCGAAAUUGAAGAUAAUGAUUCAGAUAUAACAAGUGUAAUAGAAAAUAUAUGUAGCAAGCAAAUCUUUCAAUUGAGUACAAAAAACUGUCAAGAUGUAGAAUCUACUAGCCAAUCUGCGGAAAACAUAGAGGAAUGUACAAAAAAUGAUGAAUUUGAAUCUGUAACAUACACUAAGGAAAAGUAUAUUUAUGCGAAAGAUGAAAAAGAAAAAUCGGAUAUAUCUGAUGAUGAAUUUAGUAAUAUAAAUGAAUAUAUCCCUAUUCAUCAAAGAAUACAAUUUGGAGGAAAUCAUAGGGUAUUAUCCACGUGCAAUCACAUAACAAAAAAAUUGAACUUUGAUUUUGAAAACAUUAUGGACCAAACCGAUAAUGAAAGUAUACAUUUAGACACGUAGUGGAUAUCGAGUAAGAACAUCAUUUUGGAAAUAUGCAUAAACAAUAAUUUUAUGUUAUGAUAUUAUUAGUUCUUUAAGGAAUGUAAUCUUUAUACUGUUUUAUUUUUUUAAAUUAUAUAACUAAUUUUA